CCUCGACGGCCCAGGCUCUCCGCGGCCCCCGCAGAGUGGGCCUCCGCCUCGCCUCUGCCAGACAUGUCCAGCCUCCAGGCGCUGUGCUCCGGCCUGCCCUUGCGGCCCCUCCCAGAGAACCGGGGACGCUGGGCCGGGGUGCCCCACGCCCCGGUCAGGACCCCCGGCCUCAGCCCCGCUGAGGAGCAGCUGGCGCUGAGGAACGCCCUCCGGUACUUCCCCCCGGACACGCAGGAGCUGCUGGCCCCCGAGUUCGCCCAGGAGCUGCGGCUGUAUGGACACAUCUAUAUGUACCGCUUCUGCCCCGAGCUUGAAAUGAGGGCCUACCCAGUGGAGCAGUACCCCUGCCGGACGAGAGUGGCUGCAGCUAUCAUGCACAUGAUCAUGAACAACCUGGACCCUGCCGUGGCCCAGUUUCCCCAGGAGCUUGUGACCUACGGAGGAAAUGGGCAGGUGUUCAGCAACUGGGCUCAGUUCUGGCUGACAAUGUCCUACUUGUCCCAGAUGACAGAGGAGCAGACGCUGGUCAUGUAUAGCGGACACCCCCUGGGCCUCUUCCCCAGCAGCCCCGGGGCCCCGAGGCUGGUCAUCACCAAUGGGAUGGUCAUUCCCAACUACUCCUCCAGGGUGGAGUAUGAGAAGCUCUUCGCCAUGGGGGUUACCAUGUACGGCCAGAUGACGGCGGGCAGUUACUGCUACAUUGGUCCCCAAGGCAUCGUCCAUGGCACAGUGCUCACCGUGCUGAAUGCCGGGCGGCGGUACCUGGGCGUCCAGGACCUGGCCGGGAAGGUCUUUGUCACCUCCGGGCUCGGCGGGAUGAGUGGGGCUCAGGCCAAAGCCGCCGUCAUCGUGGGGUGUGUCGGCGUGAUUGCAGAGGUGGAUGGGGCGGCCCUCAUGAAACGCCACAAGCAAGGCUGGCUGAUGGAAGUGACCGACAGCUUGGACCGCUGCAUUGAAAGACUCAGGGAAGCGAGGAAGAGGAAGGAGGCCCUCAGCCUUGGUUACCAUGGCAACGUGGUGGAUCUUUGGGAGCGCCUGGUCCGUGAACUGGACAUGACGGGGGAGCUUUUGGUGGACCUGGGGUCAGACCAGACGUCCUGCCACAACCCGUUCAACGGUGGCUACUACCCCGUUCAGCUGGGCUUCGCAGAGGCCCAGAGCCUCAUGGCCUCCGACCCUGCUGCCUUCAAAGCCCUGGUCCAGGAAAGCCUGAGGAGGCACGUCUCGGCCAUCAACAGGCUGGCCCAGGAGAACUUUUUCUUUUGGGACUAUGGCAACGCCUUCCUCCUGGAGGCCCAGAGAGCAGGGGCUGACGUGGGGAAGACGGGCGCCAACAGGACGGAGUUCCGCUACCCGUCGUACGUCCAGCACAUUAUGGGGGACAUAUUCUCCCAGGGAUUUGGGCCUUUCCGCUGGGUGUGCACAUCCGGGGACCCGCAGGACCUGGUGGUCACGGAUCAGCUGGCCACGUCAGUGCUGGAGGAGGCCAUUGCUGGUGGAGUGAAUCCGGCUGUGGAGCAGCAGUACGUGGACAACAUCCGCUGGAUCCGGGAGGCCUCCCAGCACCGGCUGGUGGUGGGCUCCCAGGCCAGGAUCCUGUACUCGGACCAGAAAGGCCGUGUGGCCAUCGCCGUGGCCUUCAACCAAGCCAUCGCCCGUGGGAAGAUCAAGGCACCGGUGGUCCUGAGCCGAGACCACCACGACGUAAGCGGCACAGACAGCCCAUUCAGGGAGACCUCCAACAUUUGUGACGGCUCUGCCUUCUGUGCGGACAUGGCCGUGCAGAACUUCGUGGGAGGUGCAUUCCGGGGAGCCACCUGGGUUGCCCUGCACAACGGCGGGGGUGUCGGCUGGGGUGAGGUGAUCAACGGGGGAUUUGGCCUUGUGCUGGACGGGACCCAGGAGGCUGAGCAGAAGGCCAGGAUGAUGCUCAGCUGGGACGUCUCCAACGGAGUGGCCCGCCGCUGCUGGUCCGGGAACCCGAAGGCCUACGAGAUCAUCUGCCAGGCGAUGCGGGACGACAGGGGCUUGGUGGUGACGCUGCCCCAUGAGGUGGCGGAUGAGCGUGUGCUGCAGCGGGCCCUGCGGCUGUGA